CCGUAAAAAAAUUCACGAAAACUCGCACUAAGCACUCUGUUGCUAUCACGUCUGUAGUUUGAUACACACAGUGCUGCAGUUACACAAAAACCGGUCAGCCAGACCCAUAUUAUUCUACAUAAUAUACUAUAUAGUUGUCUGUGCCAUAAUCAUAAUAUUCACGUUUCCUUUCGGUCGGAUUACCACGUAGGCACUAGUCUCUUUGCAUUGUUUGUUGUCAGUCUGGUCAGUACUUUGCACUUCUUAUAGUUAGAUAGUAUACAGUUACGUAGACAGAUGUUCAAGAGUGUCAAAGUACAGGAAUCUCGCUAUCAGGAGGAUUGUGAAGAUAAAAAUACCAUGUUGCGCAGUAUUAAUAGAGUUUGUGGACAUAAAGGUUAUAUAUUAGAGCCAUAUGUCGCAUCUAUUAAAUUGUCUUGCAAUUAUACCGCUGCUAAAUCGAAUGGCAAUGUUCAGAAGUUGCCAAGAUUACCAGUACCCAAACUCUCCGAUACGUUGGCGAAGUAUUUACUCACUGUUAGACCCUUUCUAAACGAUGAAGAAUUUGCAAGGACAUCCUCGCUCGUUAAAGAUUUUGAGAAGGGGUCAGGACAACAAUUACAAGUUUUGUUAGAAAAGAGAUCCCAGGAACAUCUAAACUGGCUGGAGGAUUGGUGGUUAAACACUGCUUAUUUGGAAUACCGUGAUCCCGUUGUUGUGUAUUCUAGCCCUGGUCUAGUUUUUCCUUUUAGGAAGUUUGAAACACAGGACGAUCAAUUACAUUAUGCGGCCAAAACAUUACUGGCUGCUUUGGAGUACAAGUCUCUCAUAGAUAACGACCACAUUCCGGUUGACAUGAUGGGAAAAAGUCCAUUGGAUAUGGCACAAUAUAAGAAAAUAUUUGGAACAUGUAGAAUACCGCACGCGAAACGAGACAAGCUAUCUUUUAACACCAACAGCAAGCACGUUACAGUUAUCCAUAACAACCACAUCUUUCAUGUAGACCUGACGGGAGAAGACAAUUUAAUACUGAAUGAAAACCAAAUUGUCCAACAAUUGAAAAAAGUGAUUGAUCUUUCUAAGACACCAACUAAUGAGGGCAUUGGAAUACUUACAUCUGAAAAUCGUGAUUCAUGGGCACGAGCAUACCAACUCCUUGCUGAAGAUAAAACAAACCGAGAAUCUUUAGCAGACAUAGAGAAAAGUUUGGUUGUUCUCUGCUUAGACGGGGCUGUUGAUUUGUGGAAGUGUAAGGAUGCAAAUACUCGAAGAAACCUAGCUGGAGCACAGACAAUACACGGUGGAGGCUCUACCAGCAACGGUGGAAACCGAUGGUUCGACAAAACUGUACAGUUCAUAGUCGGCGCUGACGGAGUAACGGGGCUAACCUAUGAACAUUCGCCGGCGGAAGGCCAGCCUAUCGCAGUUCUAACGGAUUUCAUUAUUAAGUUUAUUGAGGAAAAUAAAGCAUCCAAAGCGACUUCAUCGAAUCCCAGACAACCUACACUGUUGAAAUUUAAUGUGAACGCAGAGGUCAAAAGUAUGAUAGAAAAAGCCAGAAAUAAUUUAGACAGCUUAGUUCAAAAUUUACAAUUGAACUGUUUCCAGUACGACAAGUACGGAAAAAACUUCAUUAAGACUCAAAAAUUAAGUCCAGACAGCUAUCUUCAGAUGGCUAUGCAACUAGCCUUCUACAGGUUACAUAGUGUACCUGGGGCUCAUUACGAAUCUGCAGCAACUAGAAUGUAUGUAGGAGGACGGACAGAAACAAUACGGUCUUGCUCGAUUGAAUCCAUAGAGUUUGCAAAAAAGAUGUUAAACCCUCAAACAAGCCCGAAAGAGAAAAUUUCUGCAUUAAAAAGUGCUAUCAAUUCUCACAAAAAUUACACAGUGCAGGCACUUCAGGGCUUCGGCGUUGAUAGACAUUUACUCGGAUUAAAAUUAACUGCUAUCGAAAAUGGCGUGGAAAUACCAAAAUUAUAUUCUGAUCCAGGCUUUACUAAGAGCGCUCACAUGAGGAUUUCAACUAGUCAGGUGGCUUGCAAAUGUGACGGAUUCAUGUGUUAUGGACCUUUAGUGCCGGACGGAUAUGCAACCUGCUACAACCCCAGAGACAACGAUAUAAACUUCGCCACUGCCGCAUUCGUCAAACAUCCAGACACUGAUUGUGAUAAAUACAGGGAUGCUUUGGAACAGUCCCUUCAAGAUAUGCAUGAUGUAUUAGCUAAGAAUGUCACCUCGAAACUUUAACUGAACUCGAAAUUUUUGUAUAUCUGUAGAUAUAGGUACAUACUUUGUACCUACGGGGUUUUUGAAAUGGGAUUUAUGUACCAGUGCUGAAACCAAUUUUAGGAUUCCAGUAAUGUUUGAUAGAUUGUCAAUUCGUAACAGAUAACUGGGUCCAAAAGACGAAUACUGAGAGCUUGUAGUGGCCCAGUAUAUAUCAAACGCAAGCUUUAUUAACAAAAAACCGCGAUAUUUCAAAAAUGGGUUUAAUGUUCUAUGAUCAAAAUAACCAUAAAUACUCGCUCAUGAAAGAGUCACUCAACUGAAGUAUUUCAUUUUUGGCUUCACUAAAAUCACUCGAUUGCCGAUCUGUCUACUAUUGCACAUCUGUGGCUGAAACUACACUUCUAAACUACUAAAACUAAACUAAGAACAGAACAAAGUGAUGUUCAAAAUACCUUUAAAAAUACCAUCUCACUUGAUUUUAGAUACAGAGAAAGCAUGGGCAACAAACAUUAAAGAUGAUUUCCGUUUCCAAAAUUUGUCACAUUGAAUAUGAAACAGGCCCUGGAGUAAUAAAAGAAGCAUCAUCGAAUAACAGCUAAUUUCAGUAACUUAACUAAACCAAGGUACGAAAUCCCAUUCCAU